AUGCGCGUCCUCGCUGUCAUCAACUUUUGCCUCGCGACCGGUGCAGUAGGCCAACUUCAAUGCGAUGCCGGGGCCAACUACUGCGGCUGGUACUUGGCCAGUAACCUCGGAUGGCCGGGCAUCCCUGACACCAUGGGCAUCUGGGCUUGCAAUAGCGACCGCUACUCGGCAGCUUAUGUCGAACACUGCGCCUUCAACUGCACCGGACCGACGGCAGCAUGUAUCCUGCCAGCGAGUGUCGGAACCACGUCGUCCUCCUCCUCGUCCUCUUCUUCCACCACCUCCACGUGGCUGUCGUCCUCCACAACGAAGCCUGGAACGACGACUGAGGACACUGAUUUCCCGAAGCUUCACUGGGGCCGUCCUGGUAAUUAG